GUCUUGGGCUCCGUGAGGUUUAUAGUAAAGAAAAUUCAGGAAUAAUCAGGAAUAAUUCAACAGAAAAGUGGGUAAAUCGUUUUUCACAUACAGCGCCAUCUCUGAUACAUCUGCGCACCAAGUACCAGGAUAGCAUAAGUUACAAGAGCUUAGCUUAGUUACCAGUUCUCAAGUAUCGACGCUAUUGCCCACCUCACCUCAUGUACUAGGACAGCAUAAUAAAAUACAUGAACCAAAUCCAUCGGGAUCGCGGAAUUUCGAUGCAACUACUCACCAUGUACCAGGACGGCAUAACUUACAAGAGUAUUCCAAUCUCCCGUCGACGCUAUAACUCCUUUGUAUAAAGAAAAGCGAUAUCUCAAUCAUUUCAAAUUCAUGAAAGAUAUCGGUGGCGAAACGGAGUUCGCCGGGUCUGCUAGUUUUACAUAGAUAUUUUAUAUAAUGAUUUCUGAUGAUAAUCAGUCCGGGUUAUUUCGGUGCAGUGAGAGCAAGAGUCCGAUCACCUCGGUGGAUGGGACCAGCAACCCCAAGUCCGCUGAGAACUACAGCGUAUUCGAUGAUGGGUCCUGCGGGGAACCGCUGGUGGCUCAGCACGUCAUAGUAGACUUUACGCCCAAUGAUGACGACACCGACUUUUUGCAGAAAAAAGUUUGCUCCUUUUGGACGUUUAUUAACAAUAACCCUGAUAUACAGAAUCUGAAGGUGCAGCCAGAGUUCGUGUACAGAGAUGAAUCCAGUACAAGCAUCGUGAGUGAAACUCCCACCUUCGAAUCACGGUCUACCAUUACAGCUGACAGCGAGAUCCACAAGACUGCUGUUGAUAUGCUCGUGUAUGCUGAAGAAAGAAAAUUUAUAGACACUUUAUUUGACGCCAAGAUGCCGAUGACUAACUGCUCGUUGGGCUCUAGGGAGUACAAAGAAGGUCAGGUAACACGACCGAAGAAGAAAGACAAGAAGAAACUAGUAUGCACUUGCAAGAGUUCCAUUUCGUCCUGUCCCGUACAUUCCUCUGAGAAAUUCAAACAAGAGACCACAGUAUCUCCAAUAAGGGUGUUGAACAGAAAAAUGAACGAAUGGGACGCUAAGCACCCCAAGUCGAUGGAACCCCCAGGCCAAGCACCAGCUCUGCAGCACUGCACCAUCCAGAGGACACAUGCCCAAGCAAUAAAACGAAAGCAGGAUGCUUUAGACAAGGCGAAGUCAAGUGGGGAGCCAAUGAGGGCACAGCACCUGGUCAUAGACUUCGCUCCUGGCAGAGAAGACACGCCGGAGAUACAGGCUCGCUGCCAUCAGUACUGGGAGCUGGCGAAGAACAAAACCGACCAUGAACGGAAGCAUCCAUCUCCGAAACCAGAACGACACUUGAUAAAUUUAUCGAGUAGCCCUCCUCAUCUAGACACAGGCACAGACAGAAACAACUUACCAGCUAUUCACUCGAUGAAGAAAACUAAGAAAAAAGGUUGUGUGAAAGCCCCUUUCGGGUCAGGCGAAAUGAACCCCUAUUUUACAUGAAAGCAUAUACAAUUUUUUUUGUAGGUAUUUUAUUUUUUUAAAUAUAUUUUUACUUAUUUA